GCUGCUGCCGCGAGCCAAGGAAGCCCGGGCACUCUCCGGGACUUUUGCUCACCGCCCUCCAGCCUCCUGCAGAGUUCUUCCCGGCUGGGCCUGUAGUUGCGAAGCCUUUUUUCCAUCUUUUCACAACCACAAAAACCACUAGCUGCUGAGGCUCCAAAGAGAUCAAGAUGUGGACGGCGCCAGUGUUGUUCUGGGUUUUGGGGAGCGCGUGGUGCUGGCACUUUGCGCAGGGAGCACCUGUAGGUGGACUAGAAGAUGAUAUUGUGACCCCAGGUACAGGAGGUGGCAUGGUGAACCCAGGUCUGGAAGACAGAAUAGCAACCACGGGUGCUACUGGAGGACUGAAUGAACCUACUGGCAAGGUACCAACACACACAGAGACUCCCUUUGAGGAACUGCCAACCCCAGAAAUCCCAGACCACGAUCACGAAGAACAUAAGGGUACAACCACUGUCAAAAUGGUGACUAGCCAUUCUGUGGAUCGGUCAACAAGUCACCCCAACAAAGAUAGUACAACUGAGGAAACACAGACUACAGAUAAGAGAGAUGGCUUGGCAGUAGUGACCCUGGUUGGAAUCAUAGUUGGCGUCCUGUUAGCCAUCGGCUUCAUUGGAGGGAUCAUCAUUGUGGUUAUGAGGAAAGUUUCUGGAAGGUUCUCGUAA